UAACGAAGUAGCUGUAGUGUCUGUGGAAACCGGUCUGCAUCGUGCUUCCUCGCGAGUUGCGCAACUGUCGUAAAAGCCGAAACACUGCAACUUUUGGCGCCAAUCGAGCGAAAAGCGAUACAUAAUUACGAUCCACAAUAAAUAGCUGCAGAAUGCCUCCACGGAGAGCGACGAAACGGACUGCUGAAGAUCCUGUGACCGCAGAAAAGGCGCCGAAGCAGAUAAAAAAGAAGCAAGAAAUAAGUGUAAAACCCGACUUACGGUCACUCUCUACUGGUAGCGUUAUACUCGUGUUUGGACAAGGGGAUGUUGGACAACUUGGUCUAGGAGAGGAUGUUGUCGAGAAGAUGCGUCCAGCUGCCAUACCUGAUUAUCAUGACGUUAUAGCAGCAGCAGCUGGAGGUAUGCACAAUGUGUGUUUAAAAAAGACAGGAGAAGUAUUGACUUUCGGUUGUAAUGAUGAGGGAGCACUCGGACGAGAUACUAGCAAAGAAGGCUCUGAGACAGUACCAGGUACAGUCGAGUUACCUGGUAAAGCUAUUCAGGUGACAGCAGGAGACUCGCAUAGCGCAGCUUUGUUAGAAGAUGGCCGAGCUUUUGCUUGGGGCUCAUUUAGGGACUCGCAUGGUACCAUGGGAUUAACAUUGAAAGGCAAUGAACGACUUCCAAUAGAAAUAUUACCUAAUAUAAAAGUAGUGAAAAUAGCAUCAGGUGCUGAUCAUUUAGUGUUACUUAGUGAAAAUGGACGUGUAUAUACUUGCGGGUGCGGGGAACAAGGACAACUAGGAAGAGUAGCCUCGCGUACAGCUAGUAGAAAUACCCGACAAGGAAUGGGUCCAUUACUGACACCAGGCUUGGUUGAAUUCAAAGUCAGUAAGAAGCUUGAAUUCGCCGAUAUAUGGGCAGGAACUUAUUGUACAUUUGCCAAAGAAAAUCAAAAAGGAGACAUAUAUGUAUUCGGCCUAAAUAAUUACUAUCAAAUCGGUUUGAAGGAUGCCGCUACUCAUUUUCAUCCGCAAAUGUCGAAGACGUUUAGUGGGAAAGUAUGGAAACAUAUCAGUAGCGGGCAACAUCAUACCAUUGCUCUGGACGAUGAAGGGCAAGUUUUCGUGAUGGGUCGCAAGGAAUACGGUCGUCUUGGUCUUGGAACCAAUUGUACGGACGCGAAGGAGUUGACCCCAGUCCCUGUUUUAAGUUCCGCGAAAUGUAUCGACGUAGGUGCGGGUAGCGCACAGUCAUUCGCGGUCACAGAAUCAGGUGAGCUGUAUUCAUGGGGUAUGGGUACCAGCGGACAGCUUGGCACGGGGGAAGAAGUAGAUGUCGAAGAACCGAUAUUAAUUAAAGGAAGACAAUUAGAAGGCAAGACAGUGGUACGUGUCACUGGCGGUGGCCAACACACUUUAGUUUUGGCAACCGUCCGUCCGGUGAAGGAUAAAACUGCAGGUUAACGUGUAGAUGAAACGAUAUUACUUUGUGGAAAUCCAACGUGUGAUACUGACGUGUAGAAAAUAAAUCAUGUCUCUUGCUCUCUUAUUGUCCAAUCUCAUGUACAAAACAUCUUGAAGUAUUGAAUAUUUGAAGAUGUUUAUUGUUUAUAAAUUGUUUGGAUAAAAGAAGGAAAGUUUUGAUUUAUUUUUACUGCUUUCACACACAUGUCGGUGUCAUAUCGCUAAACAGAAGUGCGAUGAAAAAAUACAAAUUCCUAUUAAGCUUCCGUUUCUUUUCUGAAACUACACAUUGAAAUUUGUAUAUAAUCAGUCGUGCUGCCAUGGAUUUCAUCAUCAUGUUUGAAGAUUAAUAUUGAUUUCUUGAAUUUGCGUAAAUUUUACCCUACUAUUGCUUACAUAUGUAUUCUUAGUAAAUAAAUUGUUCUAUUUACGAAUCAAGAAUUGUCUCGAAGUACACACAUACACACACGCACACAUAAAUGAAUACUUUGAUGGGACGAGAGAUUAUAUUUUGAAUAAUCAAGAAAAAAAUGUUGAAUGUAAUGAAUUUUCACGAGUGUAAUGAAACAUGAACGAAACUUAUGUCAUUUAAGUUUGAUGAAGAAUUAAAUGUAAAAGUUACUAUCGUAAUAUGCAUUGUUUGUACUGUAUGUUUUUGGAAAUAUGUUGUAUCAAUGAUUAUUAAUUUUAUUUUAUACGUUGUAUACCUGU